AUCAACACUCUACUAGAUCAGCUAGAUAUAAUGUGAAAUGCAGCUGUAGUUCGGUCCGUUUCAUCGAAGGUAGUACCAAUCUAGCUAGGAAGAUGAUGCGUUUGCCGCGUUGCGAGUGGUGCGCUGCGUACCCAUGUGGCUUAUCCCGUGCUUAGGCGUGCUUAGGGAGCCUAGCGAUCGCUUAGGAAUCUCGGACGGCAGCGAGGCAACUGGCUGAACCCAAGCCGUCGAUCCUAGCUAGAUCUAGCGAAUCAACGCACCGAAUGUCGUUCUCCCGGCUUGGCGGAGUUUGGGGACAGUGAUCCCUCAAUACAGCAGCAACACAGAGCUUCUACGGUAGGAAAAACGGCGUGUUUCGUUAGGAUGGCCGUGGCACAGAUAACUAACGCUGUCCUUUUUCGUUCUCGGCUUUCCUCGUCGGCCCUUUCUUAUGUUUCUCUGUCCUCUUCUAGUUUAUCCAUGUGGCAUUUCCCCCCUGAUUACUUGCGUCGCCAUCCUCACGUCUCUUUAAUUGAAACAGACUUACCUCAUCUACCGAUCGGGCGACCAGGCUAAUAUAUUGCUUACGUCUCACUUUUCAUAUCGAAAUCCAAGCAGGCGGUCCAAGGCCACGAUUCAGAGAGCUCCGGUAGAAGGGCUCUCCCUACGCCAAUCUAGAUCAAUAUGCUAAACAGAGCCUCUAUGAUCCGGAGAUAGUACCUAACGCUAACGCUAACGACGAACAAUGAUGCGAACCGUAUCGAACCGGGUGCUACCUCUCGCAUUCCGUUAUGGCUCGGUGCUUCUAGCCGCCCUGCUUGUCUACUACGUUAUUCGCGAGCCCCUGAACUCGGCCGUUAGCAAUGUAUCGUUUCUAGGGAAGGCAAGUUUGCACGCCACCGAGAAAGGGAACGAGCCGGCCGACAUUGCGGCCGUCGGAGGCGCCAAGGCCGUUGACGACCCGGCGCAAAUAGAUCUGGCAGGCGCGGUGGAAGAUGUCCCGGAAAAGAAAGUGCAGGAGCCAAUGGGCGAUAUUGGUAUUGUCUACGAAAAGAAAUACAAGCCGGAGCCGGCACCUUCCAACCCUAUCGGAGACCACUUCCCGUGGCUCACGCAUUCCAACGCUCCGCCGCCAGUCCUCGAAAACAACCUAGCUCCUUUCCCACACGUCGAAGAAGCGACGCCGCUCCUAAUCGGCUUUACGAGGAAUUGGCCGCUGCUACUCCAAUGCGUUAGCAGCUACAUCGCGGCGGGGUGGCCGGCGGAGGAUAUAUACGUCGUAGAGAACACGGGCACAUUCCACUCGAACCGAAACGGGGAUCUCGAGCUACAAAAUCCAUUCUUCCUCAACCACACCGCGCUCAAGAUUCUAGGAGUACACGUUCUGGAGACGCCGACACUUCUCAGCUUCUCGCAGAUGCAGAACCACUUUUUGAGCAUGGCGCUGGAGCACGACUGGCCGCACUUCUGGUGGAGCCACAUGGACGUGCUAGUCUUCAGCGACGAGGACGUAAAGAAGAACGACCGCGACCACGACUGGGAUCACGACCCGUACGCGACCAUCUACGAGCGCUGCGUCGGCCUUCUACGUUACCUCAACGGCCCCGACAUGCCCCCCUGGGCCACCCACUUCUUCCAAUUCGACCACCUGGCCCUCGUCAACCGCGACGCCUACCUCGAAGUCGGAGCCUGGGACACACAAAUCCCUUACUACGCCUCCGAUUGCGAUAUGUACCUCCGUCUCCACUGGGCCGGGUACUGGCAACCACAAAGCGAAGCCGGGCUCGUCUUCGACGUGGCCUCCGUCUUCGACGACAUCGCCGUGCUGUUCCGCGUCGCCGGCUCACACGCCACAUUCUUGGGUGACCCAGUAUACGCCAAGGCCUCGUCCAGCGGCAGCGAAGACGAGCGCGCGCACCACGAGGCCGACCUCAAGCGCGAGAAGGACAUGUACCCGUGGGUAGAAAAAGAAGGCGAGACGUUCGCGCAUCUCGUGGAGAUGGCCUCUCGCAUGCAGGAUCUCAAGUGGAAAGACGAGGGAACCCGGCGGAAUGACUGGCAGACGAGACAGACGGGCGGAAAGGACGAUCCGUUUUACCGCGACCCCGAGGGCUUUGCGGCGGGCGUGGAGACGCUGGUGGAUGCUGGGAGACGCGUUUUCGCGGAUAAGUGGGGUCAUCGUGGGUGUGAUCUCUUGGCUAUGGGGAUUGAGGGCAAGGAUGCGUGGCGCUUGCAGCGCGAUUGGGAUAUUAAUGAGGGGCCUGGUAGUGAGGGUGGGAAUUGGGGGAAGGAUUGGAUGACGGGGAGUGAUGGGGAGUGAGUGGUAGAGCUGGGUACCGAGAUAAGUGAAUGGGAAGGGGGAAGAUACAGAUGCUUGGGGAUAGGGUGGAACGCCGUUCUAGAAACCUGGUUGAAAAGAGGCGGUGAUUAUGGAUUGUGUGUACAUAAGACUCUACGGCGUUGGCGGAUGGACGGGCGGGAACAGUCCCCCUUGGCGUUGUACGGAUGUCUGGUUUGAUGAAAAGCGCUUGCGCAUAUAUUGUUUAUAGUAAUGAUGACUCAAAUAUGAUCUCUA